AUGAACGUAAAUCGCGGAAUAACUGUAAUAAUUACAUUGUUGGUUACAACGAACCUGGUGAAAGCCACAGUUAUGAGGGAUUACUACAAAAUGAAGCCAACGUGGACCUUUGAACUGAAAUCAAUUGAAACCUAUUCGGAUAAUCCGGAGCUAAUAAAUUUCUUCGAUUGGUCUGUGGAUCGCAUAAGUCGCGGUGUGUACGCAGCCUCAGGAAGUAUGGCUGUAAAUUAUGAUAUUGUUGAAGGCGAUGAUAAUGAGAUUGAAUUUAAUGUCUAUCGUAGUGAAAAUGGUGUCAAAGAAUAUAAACCCAUACCAUUUAGAGUGGAGCGUCAACAUUUAUUCAGCUAUCUUAGUACAUUCUAUAAAGAUCUCGUUAUGGAAACAUUUAAAGGCUGUUCCAAUAUGCCAGUUUUUGAAGAUGAAUUUGAGCCACCAUUGGAGAAGAAGACUUAUACUUUGAAUAAAUGUCAAAUCGAUCCAGAUGAGUUUCCACAACAUUUACAGGAAGGAUUUUACAAAGUUGUUAUGACCGGAUACGGUGCUGUCAAAUGGCAGUUGACCUUUGUAGCUAUUGUCGAAAGUGCAAUGUAA